AUGAAAAAGUACGACCGGUAUGUUCGUUUUUUGCAAGUACUUACGAGCAACUCUUAGCAUUUGGACCAGCCGCACAGUUGGGGCAAUCCGCGGCAGUAGUACAUGGCUUCCCUAAUGCUUCUGCUACGCUUGAUAGCGUGACGAGGGAUAUGAGGACGAGUUUGAAGGUUGCGAAACGCAUGUUGGAUCUUGGUUUUCAGAUGUGUAUGCUUGAGGGAAUUGGAAAUGAAUACGAGUAG